GUUUCAUUUAAAAUGCAAACAGACAGCAGCAGCUUCACAAGUAUCAACUGAAGACUCUUCACUCUCAACCUCGGGUUCACUUCGAGAAGAAAUUUCAGAUUUGAUAACUUCAGGAUGGACGUUCUGCGUUCUGCAAAGCGUUGGUUUUUCGAUCCUGGAGAACAGAAAUCUGAUACCAAGCUUCCUGUUCAAGCUCCUCAACCUCCUCCUCAGCCUCCACCGGUGUCUCCUAGAUCCAUGGAGAAACAUCCAAUUUGGGUGAUUAUUCAUAGCACAGUGCCUCUGAUCUCUGUAACACUGUUCUACCAUAUAAAAGAAUCCAGAAUACAACUAUGGCCCAUAAUUGUCGACUUUAACCAAAUCAACCUUCGUUUUGACAAAGCCCAGCAUGAGUUUGAUCAAACCUUUCAGCCUGAAACACAAGACAGAUUUAUCAGAGUUCUGCUGCAUGGACCAACAGGCUCUGGGAAAUCCAGCUUCAUCAACUCUGUCGACAGCGCUCUGCGAGGAAGAAUCACAACUCGAGCUUUGGCAGACACUGGCUAUGAGAGCAGCUUCACCAACAAAUACAAAAGUUAUAAAAUCCAGGGAGAAAAGCCUGGAACCUUUUAUCCCUUCAUCUUCAGUGACACCAUGGGCAUUGAGAAGAGUAACAAGUACGGGGUAAAUAUCGGAGACAUCAAACUGAUCUUGAAGGGACAUGUCAAAGAAGGAUACACGUUCAACCCUGGUUGUUCCCUGACUGAGAGUGAGUCGUUUUACAACAGUAAACCAACUCUUAAUGACAAAGUUAGUGUUCUGGUUUGUCUUGUUCCUGCCAACACACAAGAAAUAAUGGAUGAUCAAGCAAUUCAGAAGAUACGGGACGUCAGAGAAGCAGCCAGUGAGUUGGGUAUCCCACAAAUAGCCAUUCUCACCAAAAUUGAUGAAGGCUGUCCUGAAGUCAAAAAAGAUCUGAAGAAAGUCUACAACAGCAAGCACAUAAAAAAACAGAUGGAAAGUGUGAGUACUGUGCUGGGUAUUCCAAUGAACUGCAUAUACCCUGUGAAGAACUACAGUUCAGAAUCUGAAACGGAUGAUGUGAUGGAUGAAGUGAUACUGAGCGCACUGAGAAAGAUCAUUGACUUCGGAGAAGACUUCUUGAAUGACACCCGGCCUGAUCCUCCGACUCCUCCACCAUCUCCUACUUUGCAGCAUCCAUGGAGAAAGAUACAAUUUUGUGAUAGAGCCCAGCAUGAGUUUGUUCAGAACUAUCAGCCUGAAAAAGAAGGCCAACAUCUCAGAGUUCUGCUCCAUGGACCACCAGGCUCUGGGAAAUCCAGUUUCAUCAACUCUGUCGACAGCGCUCUGCGAGGCAGAAUCACAGCUCGAGCUUUGGCAGCCACUGCCAAUGAUGGCAGCUUUAUGAAAAUAUACAAAAGUCAUAAAAUCCGGAAAGAAAAGCCUGGAACCUUUUAUCCCUUCAUCUUCAGUGACACCAUGGGCAUUGAGAAGGGCAUCAAGGGAGAGGUAAAUAUCGAAGACAUCAAACUGAUCUUGAAGGGAAAUGUCAAAGAAGGAUACACGUUCAACCCUGUGUCUUCCCUGUCUGAGCGUGACCCCUUCUACAACAGUAAACCAACUAUGAAUGAUAAAGUUAGUGUUCUGGUUUGUCUUGUUCCUGCCAACACACCAACAAUAAUAAAUGAUAAAGUAAUUCAGGAGAUACGGGAGGUCCGAGAAGCAGCCAGUGGGCUAGGAAUCCCACAAAUAGCUGUUCUCACCAAAAUCGAUGAAGCCUGUCCUGAAGUCAAAGAAGAUCUGAAGAAUGUCUACAAGAGCAAGUACAUAAAAAAGCAGAUGGAAGCAGUGAGUGCUGUGCUGGGAAUUCAAAUGAACUGCAUUUUCCCGGUGAAGAACUACAACUCAGAAAUCGAAACAGAUGAUGACACAGAUUCACUGAUACUGAGCGCAAUGAGAAAGAUCAUCGACUACGGAGAUGACGUCCUGAAUGACUCACCACCUGAAAGGUGGUGUUCAAUUCUUUAAAUCCAGAAAAAACAUGCAGGAUAAUGUGCCAAUCACAAAUCAAAUAACCAUGUCAGAAGGAGUACAGAUGCCUGCACAUAAAUGUUUAGAAGUUGACCACUAUUGAUUAUUUUUCAAUCAUCAACAAGAUGUUCAUCAGGUGAAAUACUGUAUUAAUGUAAGGCAACAUCUGGCACUACAAAGAAAUGUCAAGUAAGGAGAUGUGAUCCAUGCAUGAAUUUGAUUUCUUGAAAGGGACAAAUUGAUUGGGUUUUUUUUAUUGCUUGUUGUUUUGUUAGUUUUGUGGGAAUAUGCAUGGGAUUUGGCUUGCCUCCAGUACCUUGACAUUAGGGAAUAUGUAGUUAAGCCAGUAGGAACCCCUAAUGUGGAAGGAGGAGCUCAGGGAUGUUUUAAACCUGCAGUAGUGUUCGGGCUACAUCUUGAAAAAAAAUCAGAAAAAAAACAUGAUUGAAACAGCCAGAUGAAAACUGUUGUGAAACUUCUGAAUCUAGAGUCCACUCAAUGUAUAUAAUUUAGAAAGUGCUCUCCUGCAAAAUGAUUCCCCCGCUUGAUUUCUGUUUUGUUGAUACCUGUUUUUUUUGUUUUUUUUGGUCAUUGUUUGCUAUUUUUUUAUUCUGUUUUCUUCUUUUUCACUUUUUUCUUCCUAUUGCCUCUUCUCUUCCUUUUGUAUCUUCCCUUUUUUCCCCAGUUAUUUCGACUUUUAAGACAUAUGUACUAUAGAUUAUUGUGUUGCUUUCUUCUGUUACACAAGCUUGGUGCUCUUGGUGACUCAAAUCUUGAAGAUUGUCAUUGAUCUCAGCCUGGUUUAUUAAAAUAAUUCUCAAUUACAAUAAAAUUAAGUUUGAUUAACUCA